GCAGUGGGAAGUCUGGACUCUCUGGGUAUUACUACCAGGGUGUGUGGCGACCACUAGGUGGCACCAAAGUCCACCAAUUCAACAACUCCUCUGCCAUCAGUCAGUGUCUGAAAGGAAAGGUGGUCCACAUGUAUGGAGACUCCACCGUCAGGCAGUGGUUUGAGUACUUUGAUGCUUCACUUCCAGAUGCUAAAGAGAUAAACCGGAAUAAUCCGAAGAAAUCAGGACCUUUCAUGAUAUGGGACAAUGCAAAAAACAUCUUGGUGAAGUUCCACUUACACGGUCCUCCUCUGAGUAUUUCCGUCCUUAUCCCAACCAGUGAGCUGCGUUACAUUGCCAAUGAAAUAGAUGAUGUAGUUGGUGGCACCAACACAGUUGUAAUUUUUGGCAUCUGGGCCCACCUCACUCCUUUCCCAAUGCAAUUCUACAUCAGAAGGCUUUACGGCAUCCGCAGGGCGGUGAUUCGUCUGUUAAACAGGGCUCCAGACACGCUGGUGGUCAUCAGGACUCCAAACCUCAGAGGUACAAACCCCAAUAUAUUUGCCUUUAAUGACUGGUAUGCUAUUCAACAGGACAAGGUGGUCAGAGCUGUGUUCAAAGGACUUAAUGUUCAGCUGGUGGAUGCCUGGGAGAUGGUUCUGGCCCACCACCUGCCUCACUACAUUCACCCACCUCCUCCCAUCAUUAGGAAUAUGGUUAACAUUAUAUUGUCCCACAUGUGCCCCCAAUAGUGCAUUUAAUAAUAAUAAUAACUUUAUUUAUAUAGCACUUAUCUAAACAAGGUUACAAAGUGAGUUUAGGUGCUCUGAUGGCAAAUGCCCGGUCGCCCUUGGUAACCAGCCUUGAUCUAGGAUCAUUUACUCUUGAUGAUCUAAGAUUUGGCUCGGAGCAUAAGGGGUUAAAAGUUCUUUAAUGUAAGGGGGGGAGGCUAGACUGUGUUGUGUUUUAAAAGUUUUUAAAAUAAUUUUUAAAUCGACCCUGUAAGUAACGGGCAGCAAAUGGAGGGAGGAAAGGAUUGGGGUAAUGUUGGACCUGCAGUUUGCAUUUGUUAAAAUCCGAGCAGCUAUGGAAAGCCGAUUGAAGAUUUAAUAGAAAUCCUUGAUAUCAAAGCUCAGUUUCCUGUACUAGUCAAGUCUUUG